AUGAGCACCAGCCAGCGGCCAGUCCUCGUCCUACAGCCGUCGGUCAAUACCACCACUGUGACCACAACGACGACAACCACAACCACCUACGCGCCAAUACAGCUUCCACAUUUACCUCCGCCCUCUUCACCCAAAGACCCAAAGAGCUAUCCACUUCUUCAUGCAAAUCUACCCCAGUCUCUGCGUCGCUUCCCUUUGGUCUUCCCUAAUGGUGCACGCGCCAUAUUUCGCGAUGGCGAUGGCGGGGACGAAGAUAUGCAGGAGGAUGAAGAAGUCGUGUCCGGAGUAGGAUGGCGCAUGUUGAAACGAGAUGAGGGAUUACAAGAUACCAAUGUCGUGGGUCUAGCAGAGGCCGUUGAACGCUAUGGGAAGAAGCGUUCUCACAACUCGGACGACAUGAUGGAAGGAAUUGAAGUGCCUUCAGGGUCUAACGCUACUGUGCCACCACCGCGAAAGAAAGCUCGGGCAGCUGCACUACCGCAAAUAUCAACAGUCAAUGCAGCUGCACCUCCCUCUCCUCUCCCCUCACCACAUGGAUCACCUUCCCCCGAGAAUAUAUGGCCGUCAGCGCCACCUAGUGGCACAUCGUCACCGUUACCCCAGGCACCACUACAACCCGACCUGGCUCUCACGACGCUUCUGACGUUGCCUUCCUUGCUGUCUCAUUUUACAGCACUUCCCGCUCCUUUACAAAGUCAUUUCCUUUUGACUCUGUUGCGCCAUUCGCCUCUUCCUGUGUUGCGCACACUGCACUCCGUGUUAUCCCCGACCCUCGCGCGCGAUUUUCUCACCCUCCUUCCUCCAGAGCUCGUCUCACAUAUCUUGAGUUUUUUGCCUUUCUCAACACUUGCUCGUGCCUCAAGAGUAUCCCGGUCGUGGCGGGCAAUCAUCGAUUCAGAUCCUGUGCUGUGGCGAGAUCUUUUGAAAAGCACCAAGAUAUGGUUUGGUGGCGACUCCGAAAAUUCGUUCGCCAACUCCAUCUAUGCCAGUCGACGUCAUGCCAUGCGUAAUCAGCCUCCAGUUCCGAAUCCUCUUCCCCUUCCACAUCCCUACAAAAUGCUUUUCAAGUCCAGGCAUUUAACCCGUACAAGAUGGGUAAACAACCCGGAGCCCAAGCAUGUAUCUUUCCCGGCGCACGGCUCAUCCGUCGUCACAUGUCUAAUCUUCUCACAUGGACGCAUCAUUUCGGCUUCAGACGAUCAUUCAAUCCAUGUUUACUCACCAGAUACUGGUGAACGACUGCGUGCCCUUACUGGCCACGACGGUGGUGUAUGGGCGUUGGCCGCCUGCAAGGACACCCUUGUUAGUGGCUCUACAGACCGUACAGUCCGUAUUUGGGAUCUAGCGACAGGUAGAUGUACCCAUGUCUUUGGAGGACAUACUAGUACUGUUCGAUGUCUCGCAAUCGUCAAACCUGAAAUGAUUGACGUUGAACGCGAUGGAGUUAUCACCAAAGAAAAGUGGCCGAAACGACCACUAAUCGUAACAGGGAGUAGAGAUCACUCUCUGCGAGUUUGGACUUUACCUCGUCCUGGAGAUGCUGAAUUCAGAUGUUUUGGAGACGAGGAUCAAGUUGACCUUGCUGAAGUUUGUGACGCCGACGAGAAUCCGUAUCACAGACUACAUCUGGAAGGUCAUGACCAUGCCGUUCGUGCUCUGGCUGCCAGAGGUCGGACGUUGGUAUCGGGGAGUUAUGAUUGUACAGUUCGUGUUUGGGACAUAAUUACUGGUACUUGCAAAUGGGUUUUAGUUGGACACACCCAGAAAGUCUACAGUGUUGUGCUUGAUCUAGGUCGUAAUCAAGCCUGUUCAGGCUCCAUGGAUGGAACGGUCCGCGUUUGGAAUCUUCAAUCGGGACAAUGUCAACAUACCCUGACAGGUCAUACAUCGCUUGUCGGCUUGCUAGGCCUUUCCCCGUCGUAUCUUGUUUCUGCAGCUGCCGAUUCCACCCUUCGGAUAUGGGAUCCAGACACCGGAGAACUUCGCCACACUCUUGCGUCGCAUACGGGUGCGAUUACAUGCUUCCAACAUGACGAAUUCAAAGUUCUCAGUGGAUCAGACGGCAAUUUGAAAAUGUGGAAUGUUAGAGACGGAAGCAUCGUUCGAGAUCUCUUGACAGGCAUCACUGGUGUUUGGCAGGUGGUAUUUGAAGGAAGGUGGUGUGUCGCUGCAAGUAAUCGGAACGACGCGACCGUACUCGAUGUUUGGGACUUCGGUAAUGAGAAUGAUGAUGACUGGUUGGGUGAACCUCCAGGUGGCCUAUAUGACGAGGACAUUUUCAGCGAUGAUGGUGACGACGACGACAAAAUCAAAUUUUACAAAAACAAACGUUUUGAUGAUGAAGAUGAGGAGGAUGAGGACGACGAUGACGAACAGGCUGAUGUUGAUGCUAUGGACCAGGACCUUGUCCCAUCCGAGAGCGAAUCGUUUGUUGAAGUUGAUGCUCCACAAUCACGACAAACCAAUUCACAACGUCUUCAAACUGAAUCAAGGUCUUCUGCCGACAUUGAGAUUGAUGCAGACACCUCGGAAGGCGUCGAGGCCUCUCGCUGGGCACCAGGUGCCGCCGCCAGACAAAACUCGCGGCUGAAGGUAUCGGCUGUUUCCAGUUCAUCUCGUCGGCCUCUCAACCUUGCAGAGCCCUCAUCAUCGUCAGGACCUGCGAGGACGCUACCUAAUAACGAUGAAACGCCAACACGGCCGCGCAUACGAACCCACCAUACUAAUCGGCGGCGCGCAUAG